GCAAAGCAUCCAUGACAUAGUCGAUGGCGGCGCCUUCAAGGGGCUCUCUUAAAAUAGGGCUGAAUAAAUCAAAUGAUUACAAAGUGCUAUAAAGCGAUAUGCUUUUCUAAUUAAAGGGUACCAACACAUCAAUAGCUCUUCGAUAAAAACGUACACUGACAUCGCCUGUCAACUGUCAUCCCUGAGUGCGUGCACUACAAAAAUUUAUUUGAUCGGCGAGAACGAAAACUAAAAUGAAGAAAAUAGAAAAUAAAUCAAAGCCAAAGACAAGCCUCAAGCCCACUCCCAUGGAAGUGGGGAAGGCUCGCUCUGAUAAGCCGAAACCAAAGAAAGGUGAGGCCCCUGCUGAGAAACCCGUGAAGAAGCACAAGGUGGGCGUCAUCACCAUAUCCAACGUACCCAAGGACAUGACCGACCUGCGCCUGUACGAAAUCAUGCGCAUGCACAGCGCCAUCGGCUGUGUUUACGUGCAGCCGAAAGAGCUGUCAAGUUUCAAGACAAAUAACAACCAGCGUAAGGGCUGGGUGGAAUUCAUUUCGAAAAGUGGGGCCAAAAAAAUCGCUCGAGAGCUAAACAACAAACCUAUAACCGGAAACAAGUCGUCCCCAUUCUAUGGCUUGCUGUGGAACAUGAAGUUCCUGCCGCGCUUCAAGUGGGACCAUCUACGCGAUCGCGUGAAGUACGAGGUGGGCCUUACGUACAAACGCCUUCACGCGCAUGCCCGCAAGCAGACCGCCUUGAACAAUCCCCAUAAGAGCGAGUUCAUCAAGAAGCAGGCGAAGAAGGCCAAGUAAGCGAAGAAGGCCGAGGACGACGGGGAUGCCUGAGUUCACGCUAGACUGUUGCAUCCAAUGUUUACUUGACUGCCAAAUAUAUCUUAAUUAAAUAGA